AGGGUAAAAUGUGGUCGCCGUUGGUCGUUGUAAUCUUUCUGGCCCUGGCCCUUAGCCAACCGGAUGAGUCGGUGGAGGCCGCUGGUCCGCUGAAGGUGCUGGGCCUGUUCCCCCAUCCCGGGGUCAGCCACUUCCACUUCUUCCACCCCAUCAUGCGGGGUCUGGCCGAGGCGGGACAUGACGUGAGCGUGGUUUCCCACUUCCCGGACAAGCAUCCGGUAGCCCGUUACAAGGAUUUCCCCUUGACCGGGCUGGAAAAGCUGACGAACAGCGUGGAUCUCAAGUUAUUUGAGAAACGCACAUUCUACAACCACUUCUUGGAGUUCUUCCUCCUCAACGAGUGGGGGAAACAGGCCUGCAACCAGACGCUCCGCUCGGAGGCACUGCAGCAGAUCCUCAAGCGCCCGGGCCGCUUUGAUGUGAUCAUAAUGGAGCAGUUCAACACGGACUGCAUGAUGGGGGUGGCGCAUCAGCUCCAGGCUCCCGUGAUCGCCCUGAGCAGCUGCGUUAUGAUGCCCUGGCACUAUGAGAGAAUGGGAGCUCCUUUGAUACCAUCCCACGUCCCGGCACUGUUCAUGGCCCAGUCGCAGGACAUGGACUUUGGCGGACGACUGGCCAACUGGUUUAGCACCCACGCACUUAACUGGAUGUACAAACUCAUAUCAGUGCCUGCUGCCGAUGCCUUGGUGCAGUACAAGUUUGGCCACAAUGUGCCUUCGGUGGGUGAGCUGGCCAAGAACACAUCCCUGUUCUUUGUGAACCAACACUACUCACUGUCGGGACCCAAGCCCAUGCCCCCCAACGUCAUCGAGCUGGGUGGCAUACACAUCCAGAAAUCGAAGCCCCUGCCCGCCGAUCUGCAACGCAUUCUGGACAAUGCCGAGGAGGGAGUGAUCCUGAUCAGCUGGGGAUCCAUGAUCCGAGCGAAUUCCCUGUCGGCGGCCAAAAGGGAUGGCAUUAUAAGGGCGGUGGCUCGUUUGAAGCAGAAGGUUAUCUGGAAAUGGGAGAACGAUACGCUGCCCAACCAGCCGCCGAACAUGCACAUCAUGAAGUGGCUGCCCCAGCGCGAUAUCCUCUGUCAUCCGAACGUUAAGGUGUUCAUGUCGCACGGUGGACUCAUGGGCACCACCGAGGCAGCCUAUUGUGGCGUUCCAGUGGUGGCCACUCCCAUGUAUGGGGAUCAGUUCGUGAAUACGGCCGCCUUGGUGCAGCGGGGCAUGGGAACCAUCCUGAACUUCGAGGAUAUCGGGGAGAACUCGGUUAUGCGGGCCUUGAAAAAGGCCCUGGACAAGAAAUACUACGAUGCCGCCAAGGUCGUCUCCCACUCGUUCAACCACCGCCCCCAGCAGGCCCUGCAAACCGCCCUCUGGUGGGUGGAGCAUGUGGCCCAUACGGGAGGGGCUCCUCUGCUGAAACCCAGUGCAGUGGAGAUGUCCCGAUUCGUGUACUACUCCCUGGACUGCUAUGCUGUGUUGGCCCUGAUCCUGGGCAGCGUCAUCGGCAGCUGGGUGUGGCUCCUCCGCCUCUGCUGCAGAUCCAGUUCCUCCGACAAGACUAAGAGGGAUUUUGACCGUUCCGGAUCUCUCUCCCUGUGUGAGGUAAACGGCGGCGACUAUUUUUUGUGUUUGCUAAUUGCAUAUGAAAAAACAAAAAAGGAAAGUAUAGAAACUUGCAAUAGCAUUAUGUGUGUUCGGAAGGGUUUCUGCCUGCUGGCGGUACUUUCCCUGGUGGCUUCCAGCGGUUCCCUGCGCAUCUUGGGCAUUUUUCCCCAUCCAGCCAUGAGCCACUUCAAGUUCUUUCACCCAAUAAUGCGUGGAUUAGCCGAGGCCGGUCACAGUGUGGAUGUCAUCAGUCCCUUUCAGGACAAGGAUCCGCCAAAGGGAUAUACGGACUAUCUUCUGCCGCCCUCCAACCUAACGGACUCUAUUCAUUUAGAGGACUUCGAGCGCCCUUACCACUUCCUAUUCCAUUAUUUUGAGUUCUUCAUCGUGUAUAACAUGGGAAAAGAGGAUUGUAACACUACGCUGCAUAGUCGGGCCCUUUCUGAGGUCCUGAAGCAUCCCCCUGGUUACUACGAUGUCAUACUACUGGAGCAGUUCAACAGUGAUUGUGCGAUGAGUGUGGCUCAUGUGCUUCAGGCCCCGGUGAUUGGGAUGAGCAGUUGUGCCCUAUGGCCCUGGCACUACGAGCGAUUUGGUGCUCCUCUGAUUCCGUCCUAUAUAUCCGCACUGUCCCAGGGGCAAUCCCAGCAGAUGUCCUUUGCGGGACGAUUGGGAAACUGGAUUACAGUUCACUCGCUCAAUUUGCUGUACAAAAUCUUCUCAGUUCCUGCUGCAAAUGCUUUGAUCCGCCAGAAAUUCGGUCCCGGCUUGCCAUCCACGGAGGACAUGGUCAGGAAUACUUCUUUAAUGCUGGUCAACCAGCACUACUCGCUGAGUGGACCAAAACCUCUGCCCCCGAACGUCAUAGAAGUCGGCGGUGUGCACAUAAAGCCACCUAAACCUUUGCCCUCAGAUCUCCAGCAAAUACUGGAUAAUGCCUCCAAAGGAGUGAUCCUCAUCAGCUGGGGCUCUCAACUAAAGGCAAGUUCCCUUCCCACUGCCCGUCGAGAUGCUAUAGUUCGUGCCGUUGGGAGGUUGGAGCAGGAGGUGAUCUGGAAGUAUGAAAACGAUACGCUGCCGAAUAAGCCAGCCAAUCUGCAUAUCGGGAAGUGGCUGCUCCUUGCACACCCCAACCUGAUGGUGUUUAUGUCCCACGGCGGUCUGAUGGGCACCACGGAGGCGGUUUCCAGUGCCGUGCCCAUUGUGGGUGUGCCCAAUUAUGGUGACCAGUCCCUCAACAUUGCCUCUUUGGUUCAGCGAGGCAUGGCCCUACAGCUCGAACUCAAGAAACUGGAUGAAAAUACCGUCUAUGAAGCAUUAACCAAGGCACUGCAUCCAUCUUUCAAGGCAAGAGCCAAGGAGGUGGCCUCAGCUUACAACAACCGAGUUCAGGAUCCCUUGGAGACGGCCAUCUGGUGGGUGGAACAUGUGGCUGAGACGAAGGGAGCUCCGUUGACCCAACCAAGUGCAGUGCAUCUAUCCCGCUUCGUUUACCACUCGCUGGAUGUCUAUUUUGUGGUUGUCCUGAUCCUGCUGCUGCCUGUGAUGACCUUUAUCGGAUUAAUCCGAAUGUGUCAAAGGGGAAAGCCUAAAGGUGACCCCAAGCUGAAACGUAAAUGAAACUAAUCCAUAGACUUAGAUUAACUGGUUUGACCUUUUUCUUAAGACAUCUUUCGUUUCAAGCCAAAGCGAUUCAGUUUAUGUAUUUUCCUCUAUGAAAAUGUUUUUACUUAUUAACUUAAAAAUAUUUUGUUAAUAAGUCCUGGAGAACUUAACCAAAGCCGAAUGAAACGUUUUAAGCAGUUCACUUUUAAUACAAAUAUUUACAAAAAUCA